AGAAGAUGAAAUGACAAAUUUCAGCAAAAAGGGAGAAAAAAAUUCCCGCCGCGUGCAGAAGUCAAAGAAUCGUACACAUGCAAACCAUCACUCUGUCAUUAAAUAGUGCACUGAAAUUAUUUCUCCCAAACUUGAACCAAUCGAUUUCUCCAUCAGGAAGAAGAUGAAGAGCAAAGGUAGAUUCGUUGGACAAAGAUGGUGGAGCAUAAGGGGCUUACCUUCAGUAUUUCUGCUAUGUCUUUUCUUCUUCCUCGCCGGUUUAUUCGGUUCUACUCUCAUUUCUCAUCAGGAUGUACAACUACUUACUGUACGGCCUAGGUCGAGGGUGCUUGAAUCUGUGGAAGAAUUUGAUGUUUUGCCUAAUGGCGACACUGGAGAACAUUCCCUCACUUCCAUCCCCUUUCAGGUCUUAAGCUGGUUCCCACGUGCAUUAUACUUUCCCAAUUUCGCAACUAUAGAACAAUGCCAAGGCAUUAUUAAGAUGGCAAAGGCAGAUCUGAAACCAUCAUCUUUGGCUCUCCGCAAAGGAGAAACAGCAGAGAAUACCAAAGGAAUUAGAACAAGUUCUGGUAUGUUUAUCAGUGCAUCUGAAGACAAAACUGGAAUUCUGGACCUCAUUGAGGAGAAAAUCGCAAAGGCGACUAUGAUCCCCAGGACACACGGAGAGGCAUUUAAUGUUUUGCGGUACGAAACCGGCCAGAGUUAUCAUUCGCAUUAUGAUGCGUUUGAUCCUUCUCAAUAUGGUCCUCAGAAGAGCCAAAGGUGUUUGGUUAUUGGGAUAAGAUGGUGUUGUUUUCAUAUGCAUGUUUCUUCCAAUCCUUCUUCCCCAAAAAUAUUUAAAAAGAUGGGGAAAAACAGUUUGUUUGAAGCUAUGGUUCAUACGACACUAGUUUGCAGAUUCAUUGCAAUGACUUCAUUUUUACAUGGAAUCACCAUGGUGUGUUAUCUGGAUCACCACAAGGUUGCAUCCUUUUUGUUGUAUUUAUCUGAUGUGGAAGAAGGUGGAGAAACCAUGUUCCCUUUCGAGAGUGCACAGAAUAUGGAUGCUAAUUAUGACUUCCGCAAGUGUAUUGGUCUGAAAGUGAAGCCGCGUAGAGGGGAUGGACUACUAUUUUACUCGCUGUUUCCAAAUGGUACAAUUGACCCGACAUCUAUUCACGGGAGCUGUGCAGUAAUCCGAGGUGAAAAAUGGGUUGCCACAAAGUGGAUCAGGGAUCAAGAAAUGGAUGAAUAAACGAGUACAUGUCUCGAAGUGGUGUUGAUAUAAUUCUUUUGUAAUUUAAUGUAGUGACUCACUAGGAUUUUGAAACGAGUUUUGCAGUAAAUAUAUCUAGUGUUCGUUCAUAUA